CUGACGAGCCUCCCAACCUCCGGUGGGUCUGCCUUUCUGUGGCAUGCAACCAUAGCGACACCUCCCACUUGCCUCCAGCACUAAUCUCAGCUCGGAGAUGCCUUCCGUCGUCGUCGACCAUGCGUCGUCGUCUGGCUCGACGCAGCGUCUAGGUGACGCGGGGAUGUCAGCGUACACCAACCUGACUGGCACAACCCUCGCGAAUGGUGGCUCGUCCUUCAUGACCCAUUCUGGUACGAAUGGGGACAGCAGGGGACUUGAUAUGUCAGAAGAGCAGGCGGUACCCGAUCAGUUCGAGAAAUUGCACACUGAACUCAAGAUUGCUAAUGCCAUCAAGGAGGGAGCGGAGAAUAUGCUGCAGAUGCCAUUGACAGACACAUUACGCUUACAGGUCGAGUCCGAACUGGAGGUCGCCAAGAACAAGAUUAGUGCCAUAACUAGCACUAUUGAGACUUAUUCUUCCAAAGGCAAUCGCAAGCAAGGUCCUGAGACGACUACAAUCAAUGGCAAGGGAAGACCGCACAGACCUCCACCUAUGCAUGUCAAGCAUACCACCGAAGCUGCAGAGGACUUCCGCUCAGCGAUGCAGCAGGCUAACUCUUGCAUGAGGACUCUUCUCUCUUCGUAUCGCUCCACACCUGCUGCACCGUCGCCUUCAGGCGCCUCUCCGUCCACUUCGCCCUCCUCAUCUGUCAUGUCCAGCGUGACCGUGGCGAACGGCGGCGAUCUGGAGAGAGCGAGAGUAGAGGCCAUGACGCGGCUUGUCACUGUCCUGCAGCGCAACCUACGCGUCCGGUACGAGCUAGAGGUCGAAGAGGUUGUGAAAGCGGUUCUUCCCUCACUCUCCGAUCGCUCGUUGAAGCACUCUCGUGCAACAGCGUACCGGCUCAUCAGGCACUCGCUGGUUGACUUCCACUCCGUCGAACGUCUGAAGGAGCAGAAGCUUGACUGGUUCAUGGUCAAGUCCCUCUCCCGCGACAACAAAUAUGCUGUCGAGAAGGAGCAGGUCAUCAAGCUCAUCCGUGCAAUCGUGGAGAUUGGCUCAGAGAGAAGGGGUCCGGGUGGUACCAACGCUCGUGGUGCCGGUGCGGUCCCGCUCUCGAACGCAGUCUUGCGCGCUCUGAAUGCAGUUGCGGAGAGCGUGGAUGACCCUUUUAGGCCGAUAUGCCUGCAGACGCUGACAGAGAUUUUGGUCAUCGACAUCGAAUUGAUGGCGAAGACGGGUGGUAUUCGGGUUCUGCUACACGCUCUUGCUGAUGGCCCCCCUGAGAUGGCGCCUCUCCUUGCGUCUGUGUUUCUCCAUAUCGUGGACUGCCCAUCUACUCGGGCGUAUCUACGUCCCGGGAUCGACUUGGAGAUGGCCUUAUCUGGAGUGACGGAUGCAUAUGGCAAGGGGCUGGAACACGUCGACCGCAUGAGAGCGUGCUCGAGAGUGGUCACUUCCAUGCUCCGAACAUGGAGUGGUCUCAUAUAUUUCUGCAUACAAGACAAGCUAGCCAUACGCUCCUUGGUCGAUGGCCUACGAAUACCUUCACUCGAGACCCGCGAAGUCAUUCUGGACAUGUUUUUUGACCUAUUGAACAUCAGGGCACCUGACUGGCACCAAGCCUUCAUCGCAGGAAGGCGCCUAACGAUCUACCGCAAGAGUGCGACGUCAGACCAGAAGGAGCUUCCUCCCUUGCCCGAGCCUGCGCAAAGACCACAGGUGACGGUCAAGCUGAUUGAGCACUUCCUGGCAUUGUUGAUCCAAGUGCUUUGCGGCGCUGGGCUUCUGGACGCACUCACGUGCAUGCUGGAAGAGAGUCCAGUCGGGUCGAACCUCUCUCGCAAAGCGGUACUCCUCAUGGCAGAGAUCUUGCAGAUGUCGAACAGGGUGUUACCAUUGUCCAUCGCGGCACACAUUCAGGCUCUUCCACGUGUGUUCAACCUGGCAUCCGACUAUUCGGUUGGCGAACAUCGCAUCAUCGGUAACUCAGCUUUGUCUUCAAUCGACAGCUUCAACCGCCAUCGAGCACGUGUCCAGCCUGCGCCCGUUACAGACAAGUGCGAUACACGUCCAAGAGCGAAUUCAGUGGAGGACGCCGUGCGUCGCGGGCAGAGGCAGGUUCAACAGGACAAGAUGAAGCAGGCGAUGCAGAUGGACGACAAGGCCUUCCAAGCAAUCUUGUUAGACUCUCAAGUCAUGACCGCCAAAGACCCCUCGAAGUGGAACUUCGAAGUCCUGCAAGAGCUCAUCGAGGGUCCGCUCCUGAAUCCGAAGAGGAUGGAGGAGGCGAUACGAGUGUCGCGGUAUAUGCGCAAGUUAAUGAGCUUCUUCCAUCCGUUCAGCCAUAAGUUCUCUGAGCUGCCGAAGACGAAGGCAAAUAUACGCUGGGUUCGCUUAGGCUGUCAGCUGUUGAACGCUCUCUUGACUUCGUCGGAGGGCGUGAAGUUCCUGGGUGAAGACGACCUCCUCAACCAGAUUGUGAAGAGCUUCGCCCAACUUGACCCGUUCAACGGCGCUCCCACAUCCGAUCCGAUCUUCUCCAAAAAACGGAUGAAUGAGACACUGACAUUCGGCUACUUCGAGAUGCUCGGCACUCUUAGCAAGCGGAAGGAAGGACUUGAACUGUUGGAAAAGUUCAAGCUCUUUACUGCGUUCUACCACUUGACAGAGCUAAGGAGUCGCGAAGAUUUGCUGAAGGGUAUCAUUGAGAAUCUUGACUAUAGCUAUGAUGGACAUUCGCGAAUCGUCUUGUCGAAGGCGCUCACCUCUAGCUACAAGCACAUUAGAGAGUUUGCAACGAAUCACUUGGGCGCGCUUAUCCGUGCGAGUGCAACUACCAAUUCGUGGACACUCCGGCUUCUCCUCACGCAGUUGUACGACCCCGCUAUCGAGGUCCGAGAAGUCGCUGUGCGGUUCCUGGAGGAGGCCUGCGAGUCCCCGGAUGUCCUCCAGUCGGUUGUCGAGAUGCAGCCGACGUUGGACCAUCUUGGCGAGAUGGGGCAUCCGCUCAUGCUGAAGUUCAUGUCCACUCCGAUGGGCUUCCGCUUCUUGUAUUCUGCUAACUACAUUGACCGCGAGAUGGACAUAUGGUUCCAUGAGAGAAACCUUCAGUACGUGGUGUAUAUCGAAGUCUUCCUGGCCAAGAUCUUUAGCCCCAGCGGCGACGAAGACGAGGAUGCACUUACCCUCGAGAGCAUGGUACCGCCGCACUUCUACGGCGUCAUGGCGAAGACGGAGCUUGGGUAUCAAGUCUUGCAGGAGAAGGGUCAUUUCGCAGAGUUCGCAGAGUUUAUCAGGCAGCACGGCCUUGAGAGCGUGGACCAUGACUUGAUCAUGAAGCUCAAAAGCGUGCUCUGGGCGGUCGGAAAUAUCGGGGCGACCGAGGGUGGGCUCACCUUGCUGGAAGACGAAGAGAUCAUCCCCGAGAUCAUCAAGAUCGCGGAGGAAUCUUUGGUCCUCUCGGUUCGAGGAACGUGUUUCUUCGUCCUUGGGCUAAUUGCAUCUACACCGCAAGGCGCUGAGAUCUUGGACGACUACCAUUGGGAGGCAACACUGUCUCCCCUGGGAAUCCCGACGGGUAUCUGCGUGCCCGUCGAUGUCGAGAAAUUCACCUAUAUACCUCCAUGGGGCUGCGUCGCCAACGAAGGGGAUGACGAUGUGCGACUCGAGCCGCCGAAGACUGAAGAGGAGAUGGAGGUCAUGGCGGCCAUCUACAACCUCGCCAACACCGUCAUCGCCAACACCGCCUCACGAUCUCUAGCGAAGAUGAAAACGCGGCCGGAGUACCGGCACAUUUUCAGCUCGUCAGAGAUGUACUUCCGCGCCUUACACACCAUCUCCUCGCAAAAGUACCGCCUGCCAGUGCGGCGGUACAUCCUCGACCUGUUCGACGUCGAGCUCGAUGCUGCCGUGGUCGGCAGGCUGUCCGAGUACGCGACCACACUGCGGGUGCACAAGCCCGCGAAGCCGUCAUUCUCGCGGAUCGUGAGCAUCGUCGGGCGGCCGAAUCCGGAGCACCGCGCGUCGGACAGCGAGGACGAGGAUGAGGAUGAGGAUGAGCGGGUGGCGGUCGUAGAGAAGCCACCGGUGAUGAGCUUGCGACCGAUGAGCAAGAUUGUGGGGUUUGAUGGGAGUAAUUACUUUGAUUAACUGACGGUUUGCGCUGAGCUGUGAACUUGGAAGUUUGGACUACUUUUGCUGUUGCUGAUCGCUGUGCGUUGCAUCGUUGCUUUUCUCUAUGUCGUUUGUUCGCCAUGUACUGUCACACUAUACCCUGUAUGCAAGCUCCAUAGGGACAAUGUCAAAUAUGUCAGACUGGAGAGA